AUGAAAGGAAAGGAAAAGGAAUCAACCAAACUGCUUGAGCGUAAUGAAGAAACUGGUCAUAAAAGGCAACCCCAACAAACACUCAAUCCAGCUUAUAUACGGAAAAAAGUGGGAGUGGACGAUAGUAAAAGAUCAACUGUUGUACGUUUCGAACACGCAACGAACCGGUACACUGUACAUCAAUACUUUUUAGCAAAACGGACGCUGCCAACUAUGGCAAUUAAAGAUGAUUUCAUAAAAGCAGCAGCGAAGCGCAAAAAACAACUAACUUUCUCCCACACUUCUUCACGGACACCCCUUGUCGAAAGAAAGCUUGCGUGCCCUUAUGAGGUUCCGAGCUAUGCUGAGGGUGGCAACUGUCAGCGAACCAGACAAAGUGUGUUCACGGGCAGGAUGCCUUCCGGCAGGAUGCUAGUCUUCCGGCAAUCAUCCUGGGAAAAAGACAACUCAAACUCCAAACUCGAGCAGGUGGAGACCGCAUAG